AACGAUUUGCUUUCAAUCAAAUUGAUAAUAAAGAGCUACAAUGUAAUAUAUAAUUUCGAAGAAAUAAGAUGAGCGAAUCAACAAUUAAAAAACGUAAUUACGCACACGAUUAAGAGCAUCUCCACGUGCGCGCGCAGUGAUAAUUUUAUAUAUAGGUUUGUCUUUCUCGCAUAGCUGUCCCGGCAAUGCAUAUAUAUAUAUACGAGCGUUCACAAAAAUAGAAGUAUAUAGGAUAGCUGCACAUUAUAUCUCAGCAGACAACUCGCAUCAAAGCGGCGCGAGAAUAGUAUAGUCGUACAGAGUCAAGAGCUUUAUAACCUCGCAACACCGUGGAGACAGGGAGACAGCAAAGUGUCUCGCAAAUGCGGAUAAAUCAGAGAAAAGAAAUUUUUAGAAGAACAUUGAAAAUUCUGUUGGGACGUCCCGAUAUAGGAUGGUCCUGCGACUGCCUAUCCUCAAGCACCUAGCCAACGGCCCGAGAUACUUCAAGGUCAAACAUGCUUGCAAUGUGCUCGAGUCUUGGAUGAGGUUCUAUGUGAGUCUACCUUGGCUUACGCCCCACGAGGUGACCGAUAUUCUGCAAACCAAUGAAUUUACCAAAGAGUUUACUGGUCCUAAUUCUGUUAAAAGUUACGAUUCUAAUCAAUUAGCUUCUAAUAAUCCUAUAGAAGAUACUAGAGCUGAAGCAAGGUGUUUGUUAACAAAUGGCUUUCUAAUGGGGGUGUUCGAUGGCCAUGGUGGAAGUGCAUGUGCUCAAGUGGUAUCAAAACGUCUUUUAAAUUACAUUGCAGCUUAUCUAUUGCCCCCAAACAUGCUGCAGACAUUCCUGCAGUCAGUGAUAUCUGGAAAGAACUCCCAAUUACUUGAAUCAUUUAAUGAUAAAGCCAAGCUGGUUAAUGAACUUAAUGAAAUCUAUCAGAAAAGUUUCAUCCAAUUUCUCAAAGACUUGGCUGAAAAUAAUGCUAACAAGGAAUUCCAAAUGGAAGCUGCCAUAGAAAAUGCCUUUCUCAGGCUUGAUAACGACAUUUCGGACGAAGCUCUCAAUUCUACAAAAAGUAAUGUCACAAGAUUACUCUCUGUGGCAAUGUCAGGAGCAGUAGCUGCUGUUGCGCACAUUGAUGGACCUCAUUUACAUGUUGCUAGUGCAGGAGAUUGUCAAGUAGUUUUAGGAGUGCUUUCAGAAAACGAUAUGUGGUCUGCUAAGAUGAUGACAGUGGAACAUAACACCGAUAAUCGCACAGAAGUCGAGAGAAUAUUUUCGGAGCAUCCCCCGAACGAAAAAACGACUGCCAUAAAAAUGGAACGAUUGUUAGGUCAGCUGGCACCGCUUCGCGCUAUUGGUGAUUUUCGAUAUAAAUGGAGCCUUGAGCUGAUGCAGAAAAAAGUUGUGCCAUACUACGGCGAAAAUGCUAUUCCUCCAAACUACCUUACUCCUCCGUAUCUCACAGCUAAACCAGAAGUCAAGUAUCAUAGACUAACUCCAAGAGAUAAAUUUUUAAUCAUAGCUUCCGACGGUUUAUGGGACUUGAUAUCUCCAUUAGAAGCCGUCAGACUGGUGGGUGAGCACAUGAGCGGCAAAGUGACGCUAAGCCCACUACGACUACCUCGUAAAAAUAUGAAACUUUCAGAAAUUAAUGAAAUGUUACUGCAACGGAAGGAAGGGUUGGAGAAGAAACCCUUGGAUAGUAACGCAGCUACUCAUUUGAUAAGAAAUGCUUUGGGCGGCACGGAAUACGGAUUAAAUCAUGCUAAAAUAUCGAAAAUGUUGACAUUACCAGGAGAUGUUGUGCGAUUGUUUAGAGAUGAUAUUACUGUAACGGUGGUGUACAUGGACUCCGAGUUUUUGAGACAUUGUCCUCUUUAA